CAAGGGUACUAUCGUAAUAUUCUCUGAUACUAGAGGAUAAUACCGUAAUUUACAAACUCACGCUCCUUCCGAAUCAUAUACGUGGAUCCAAUCACAACCCUUAAUCUUAUCCCCAAAUUCGAAACCCUAAUCUCCUCCCUCCUCUGUUUUUUUUUUUAUAUUAUUCAAAUUCCGCCUCCAAAAAUCUUUCUCUUUCUUCGAUUUUCUAUCACUUCACGCGCAUUGAGAGAGACCCAAGAGCUCAAAUUAGGUUUAUUUUUCUUCCUCCGAUUUGAGAGAUUCGAUAAUGGCGUGGUCGUCGGAAACGCCGUCGUAUUGCGGUUGGAAUGAGCUACAUGUGAAAAACACGAAAGGAAAGAUGGAGGUUCAUUAUUACCUCGAGAGGAAAGAUGGAAUUGCAGAUCUAGCUGUUAUUGGGAGGUUGAAGAAUUCUUCUAAACGCAUGUCCUUUAGAUACGCUUUGAAGAAGAAUCGCUCUGUUUUGAAAAAGCUUAAUUCCAAAGAUGAUGUUGCCAAUUGGCUCGAUUCCAUUGUUUCUGCUAAACCUAUUAAUGACUUAAUUUUGCUGCAGACAGAUCCGGUUUCCACCUUUUGGUGUGAUGCCUCAUGUAGCAGAUGUACCAGCUACUGUUAUGACUGAAAAGGAUGCUGGAGGGUUAAAUAUGAGCACUUUUAUGAAUGGGAAAUUUAAGGAGCCUAUUCAGCAGACCAAAACGUUCUCCUGGAUGGGUUCAUCUUGGACUUGUAGGAAACGGCGUAAGCAUUAUCAAUCUUUUCUCCGGAAUGGUGUUAGAAUAUCUGUGAAUGAUUUUGUGUAUGUUUUAGCGGAGCAAAAUAAGAGACUUGUUGCAUAUUUGGAAGACCUUUAUGAGGAUUCUAAAGGGAAGAAGAUGGUUGUGGUACGAUGGUUUCACAAAACUGAGGAGGUUGGUUCUGUUUUACCUGAUGAUAUUAAUGACAGAGAGAUUUUCUUUUCUCUUUAUCGUCAAGAUAUCAGCAUUGAGUGCAUAGAUUAUUUGGCUACUGUCCUCAGUCCUCAGCAUUAUGAGAAAUUUCUUAAGGUGCCAAUGCAUGUUCAGCCAGUAGCUUUCUUCUGCCAGAAAUUAUAUGGAGAUGAUGGCAUAAAGCCCUAUGACAUUACACAAUUAGAAGGUUACUGGAAACAAGAAAUGCUUAGAUACUUGAAUGUAUCCGUUUUAAAAUCAGGUGAAGGUGCUCAAGCACCUGGUACUGACCCAGGAUUAGGAGCUCCAUUGGUUGGUUGUGUUGGGAUUAGAUCAAGGAAAAGGCGUCGUCCUAGUCCUGUUGGUACUUUGAAUCUACCAUCCGCCGGUGACAUCAAAGGUGACUGCAAAUCUAGUCCAGAUUCUGUUUUGGGUGCUUCAGAUGCUUCUAUGUGCAAGGGUGCAGAAGAUGGUUCUUCCCAUCACAUUAAAAAGGGUUCACUUGUUGAAGUUCUUUCUGAAGAUAGUGGCAUCAGAGGUUGUUGGUUUAAGGCACUGAUAUUAAAGAAACACAAAGAUAAGGUUAAGGUCCAGUACCAAGAUAUUCAGGAUGCAGAUGAUGAAUCUAAAAAGCAAGAGGAGUGGAUUUUGACAUCUCGGGUUGCUGGUGGUGAUGAUCCGGUUGGUCUUAGAAUCAAAGGACGGAAAGUAGUACGACCAAUGCUGAAGCCCGGCAAAGAAAAUGAUGUAUGUGUCAUCGGGGUUGGUAUGCCUGUGGAUGUGUGGUGGUGUGAUGGAUGGUGGGAAGGGAUCGUGGUGCAGAAAGUUUCUGAAGAGAAAUUUGAAGUUUACUUGCCAGGUGAAAAGAAAAUGGCUGCCUUCCAUCGUAGCGACCUUAGACAAUCUCGGGAAUGGCUGGAUGAUGAGUGGCUAAACAUAAGUUCAAGAUCUGAUAUUGUGAGUUCUGUCCUGUCUUUGAUGAAGAAAGAAGAGGCGGAGGUGAAACAAGAUGAGAAGCCAUCUGAUGUUGGGGUUUGUAAUGGUGUGAUGUCAGCCAAGGGUGAGGCUAAACGUACCAUCUCUCUUCCAGUAGCUACAACCAAAAAGUCAUUACCUAAGCGACCAAUUCCAGAUCUUCUAAAAGAUGUCCUAGUCACUUCUGACUUAAAGUGGAAAAAAUCAUCGAGGAAACGCAAUCGAGUUGUCAGUUGCUGUCCACACGAUCCUAGCUUGAAUAAUGGUUUCUCUAGUGAAAGAUCUUUGGAUUGUGAGAACUGUAAGUUCAUGGGAGAUGAUUUUGGUUCUUCGGUUGGGCAGCCUUUGACAGGUCUAUUAAUGUCGAGAUGAUCAUCAGCUUGGGGAUAAAGUUGCGUUUCUUCUUGUGAGGUACAUAUUACCUGAUGGGCAUCUGCUCAAUGCGAUUUUUGGUUAUAGAUUACUGGUGACUCGCAAGAUUUUGUGGGAUGGAUUAUAGGAUUAGCUCGUAAUGGCAUCCAAAUUCGUUUGUGUACUUAUGUUGUAACAGUAGGGCAUAGAGCUUUAAUACAAUCAGCAAAAUUUUGGAUGCAUUAGAAGUAGGUAAUAACAGCAUUACCUUGCUAGUGUUUUAGGCGUUAAUCAGUGUUUUAUUCUGCUUAGAAUUAAGUUAUCUUUUUUUCUCUCUUUAGCAUAGAGAUGAUUUGUUUUCUUUUUGUUCUGGUCAGAUCUUUCUUUUCAUGUAACCUAUGUAUCAUUAAAUAAAACCAUCUCCUUACCUUGA